AAAAAAAAGGGAUGAAGUUCACGUGAACUCAUUAACGGUUUGAGUGCUCUAUCAAUUUUCCUGAACAAUAAUUCUAGAAACCCUAGCCCUACCCCAAAUCCGUCUAGCAUUAUUUCAACGUUUCAAUAAUCUUCUAGUUCUUUGUCUACGAAUAAUUUCAGCUCAGAACACCAUGGAAUCCAGUGAAAAUUCUGCGAAACCCGCAAUAACAACAACAACAGCAAGGCAUAAGUGUGCAGCAUGUUUCAAGCAGUAUAAGAAAAAGGAGCAUCUUGUUGCACAUAUGAAAAUCUCGUAUCACUCAGUUCACCAGCCUCAAUGUGGUGUGUGUCAAAAGCAUUGCAAAUCCUUUGCAUCACUAAGGGAGCACUCGACUGGUUCACUGGCUAAAGGGAAUUGUUCAAAGAUAUCCUCUGAAAGAGGUUGCAGCCUCUGUAUGAGAAUUUUCGACAGUCCAGUUUCUCUCUGUGAACACCUGGAAAUCUGUUGCCUACCUGCUCCUUUCCCCAUUGAUUUUGUGAAGAUGCAUUGGACUGAAUCUCAAAUUGAUACUAAUGACAGUGGGAGGAUUCCUGAAGCAAUCGCUAUGGAUUGCGAAAUGGUUGGUGGAGGAAGUGAUGGGUCACUGGAUAUAUGUGCUAGGGUGUGCCUUGUUGAUGAAGAGGAAAAACCGAUUUUCCAUACUUAUGUAGUACCGCUAAUUCCUGUUACCAAUUUUAGGAACGAAGUUACUGGUAUUACUGAGGAGAAUAUGAGAGAUGCUAUGCCACUCAAGGAAGUGCAAGAUAAAAUUUUGCAGAUUCUCUACAAUGGAGAGUCGAUUGGAAGAUUACGGUUACAUGGUGGCAAAGCUAGAGUUCUUGUGGGUCAUUCCCUUGGGCACGAUUUAAAUUGCUUGAGAAUGAAUUAUCCUGAUCAUCUCCUGAGGGAUACAGCAAAAUACCCUCCCUUAAUGAAGACAAACCUCGUCAGCCACUCGCUCAAGUACCUCACCAAGACCUCUCUUGGGUACGAUAUCCAGUCGGGGUUGCAUGAUCCUUACGAAGAUUGUGUAUCAGCAAUGAGGUUGUACAAGAAAAUGCGGUCACAAUGUCACCCAAGAAAAGAUAUGGGGAUGUUAUUGGCUGCUCAUAAUGCAUCUACCAACACUUUUGAUUCUUGGAAGCCCAAAGAACUUGAGAAUAUGACACCAGAUGAACUUUUCAAUAUCUCCAAAUCAAAUUACAAGUGUUGGUGUUUGGAUUCAGGGCCUCUUUCGUGAUUUGGAAAUUCUUUAGGUAGUGUGUAUAUAUAGUUAACGACCACCGAGAUAUUGUUGGAAAUGAAGAGAAAUAAGUUAAUAAAUCCAUAUUGGGUUUGAUGGACAGUUUUAAGAAAACAGUAGUUUAAAAUCUUGUCCAUCCUUUAUAAGAAAUUGUUUUCUUGCCCACGGUGGGCGCGAUAAGAUUGCUUACCUGUUGAUGUGGCAGGUGUGAGACUUGAAAUAAGGUUUU